AUGCGGCAGCGGUGCCAGUUAGAACAUUUCGAAGAGGGAUUUCAGGAUUUUUUUUGGUGCGAUGGUAUCCCAUCUACUGCUCAAGAUACUGCUUAUAUUCCUGUAAAACUCGUCGGUCUAUCAUACACCCACUGGAAAAGGGACAAUCCAAAGCUCAUCGAGCACAGCCGGCAAAUCGGAGCUCUAGCUGCUUUGUCUCGUGUUUAUGCUGUCAUUUCGACACCGCAAUUGGACCAACUAACUCGAGGUUCCCAAGCGUCUUCGAACCUGAUCACUGCCUGGAGCAGCGGAUAG